AUGCGCGUCCGCCCCGCCGCCCACCUCGUCGACAAGGACUACAUCGCCAAGUACAACGAGGCCUACGCCAAGAUGCGCGCCCUCGCCCCGGACGACCCGCGCAGCUUACGUCAGCAGGCCAACGUCCACUGCGCCUACUGCAGCUAUGGCUACCGCCAGGAGGGCGCCCCAAAGCAGACGCUCCAGAUCCACUUCAACUGGCUCUUCCUGCCGUGGCAUCGCUGGUAUCUCUACUUCCACGAGAAGAUCUUGGGGAGCCUGAUCGGGGAUCCUAGUUUUGCUCUCCCAUUCUGGAGCUGGGACCAGGAAGGCGGGAGGUACAUCCCAGACAUGUUUCGCCGCGAGACCGCCCUCUGCGACGCAAAGCGCAACACGAGUCACUAUGAGCCCACACGGGUGGACCUCAUCUACUCGCCCGGCUCUGAUGACAAGAGCGACGAGCAGAUCCGCGAGGACAACCUCUCAAUCAUGUACAACAACGUCGCAAAGGUGAAGCAGCCGGACGCGUUCUUUGGCCACCCCAUCAGGUACGUCCAUUCCCAUGCGCUUCCAUAUAUACUUGCAGCCAUAUAUACUUGCAGGAAAGGCAGCGGCAGCAAGAAUGGCCCAGGGGGCGUGGAGAGGGCGCCACAUAAUGCUGUGCACAUAUUUGGCGGCAGCCCCUACCAGCCGAAUUUCGAGGACAUGGGCAACUUCUACUCGGCCGGUAGAGACCCUCUCUUCUACAGCCACCACGGUAACGUCGAUCGGAUGUGGGACGUGUGGAGGUCUCUGGGAAACAAGGACUUCACAGACUCGGACUACCUCAACACCGAGUUCCUCUUCUUUGACGAGAACCAAGAUCUCGUUCGCGUCAAGGUGAAAGAUUCCCUCAACAGCGAGAAGAUGCUCAAGUACAAGUACCAGGCGAUGCCUGACGACAAGAGCUGGACCGCCUACGAGCCCAAGCCACUGAAACAGACGCCCUGGAGUGGAUCGUCGUAUGAGUAUCGGCUGGUGAAAGCAUCAGCUGAGAACCCCAAGGCCUUGGAAGUUGGGGUGGAGCCGGUGACGAUCACGGUGGAUCAGCCCAAAGGCAGCGCUUGUGACGAGAUCCUGGUGCUGGAGGGCAUGGAGAUUAACAUGCAAUCCCCCAUCAGCUUCAACGCGUUCAUCAACCUGCCCGAGGCCAACAAGAACACGCGCGUCAGCUGUGCCGAGUACGUGGGCACUUAUUCCAACGUCCCCCACUUCAUGCUCGGGAUCGGUGAGCACACCGAGACCGUGAACACCACCUUCUCUAUCAAGGCUAAUGUCGAGAUCCUGGGCCUAAAGUCAGCGGACAAGCUCGUUGUGACGCUGGUGCCGAGGGGACAGGGUACCUUCACAUUGAAGGGGGCUUCCAUUCAGUAUGCUUGA